CACAGGACUGUCUUAUCUGCGCGACACAUAGCAGUUCAUUUUACCAAACUUUGCCUGUUGUUUCCUGAUUUUAAGUCUAUCCAAGAGUUCCUGACAGACAUUUACAGUUCAUUGGAGAUUUAACCGCAGCGUUUAUCAGUUUGUGUUUGUUUGUCAGAUGGCACUAUCAGAGUGGAUCUGUGUGGUGACUGGUGCUUCCAGAGGAAUCGGAAGAGGUAUCGCCCUUCAGUUAUCUGAGGCUGGCGCUACCGUGUACAUCACUGGUCGACAAGAGAAAACUUUGAAGCAAGCAGCAGCUGAGGUGACAGAGAGAGGAGGCCGGUGUAUCCCAGUGAUCUGUGACUCAUCUAAAGAGGAUGAAAUUAAGGAGCUGUUUGAACGUGUCCAGCGUGAGCAAAAUGGCAGACUUGACUUAUUAGUGAAUAACGCCUAUGCGGGUGUGCAGGCUAUUAUGGAUAACAUGAACAAGAAAUUCUGGGAGGUGGAUCCAGAUAUUUGGGACACCAUCAAUAACACAGGACUCAGAGGUCAUUAUUUCUGCUCAGUGUAUGCUGCACGGAUGAUGGUGGCUCAGGGCAAGGGUUUGAUUGUGUUCAUAUCAUCCAUGGGUGGUAUACGCUAUUUCUUUAAUGUAGCCUAUGGGGUCGGGAAAGCUGCGUGUGACAGAAUGGCAGCGGACAUGGCAAUAGAGCUGAAGAAGAGAGGAGUGGUUUCUGUAAGCCUCUGGCCAGGGCUAGUUCAGACUGAGUUAGUUAGUCAGUAUAUAUCUGGUGGUGAGGCUCCUCCAGGUUUUGAUGCAAAAUUUGCUUUUCUCAAGGAAGCGCUCAGAAUGGGUGAGACGACAGAGCUUAGUGGACGAUGCAUAGUUGAGCUGGCCAAAGAUAAAAGUCUGAAAUCAAUGACUGGGCAAGUGUUGAUGACCUGUGACCUCGCUCGCCGCUAUGGACUCAAGGAUGUUGAUGGUCGCAGUGUAGUGGACUUCACCUCUUUGAAGUUCCUCAUUUCCCAGAUACCCUAUAUGUCCUGGCUGUCCGUAUUCACUCCUUCAUUCAUCAGAGUGCCUCGUUUCAUGCUGAGUCUUGGCAGUGGCAAAUUCUAACAUGUCUCAGUGCAGACGCUGUGUCUAUUUUUAAUAAUCCUAUCAUUUCUGGGAAAAAGAAAAAACAAGUUUUGUUUAUGUUUAUUUUUACUAAGAAGUGCUGAUUAACACUGCAGAGACACUUCCUUCUAAUUCAUCAGAAGAUUAUUGUUGUCAUAACUCAUAGAAAUAAUUUAUUCUAAACUGUAAUAAUAUUUCACAGUAUUGCUGUUUUUACAUUUUUUAAAUCAAAUAAAUGCAUAACAUUUA